CUCCCACGCUCGCCCGAGGCUGGCGUGACUCCACUAUGUCCGGGCGACCACCGUCUGCGACUUGGGCUUCGGACAGACUUUUUCGGAGAAAAGGCUGACGACACCUCUUGGGCCUCGGGACCAUGUGAUGGGACCCUCCCACCCCAUGCCCCAGACCCCUCCAUCACCUCCUCCAACGCCUCGGCCGCCCGGAGAUCCCGGUGACCGGGGUGACCGGCCUCGGAACCGUGAGCCGAAGACGGUGCUCGGGAGCCGCAGGAACCGCCCCUCCCCCCCUCCGGCUGGCUGCGGGCGUAGGCCCUGCGUGCUACAGCAAGUGUCACAGGAUGUCACCUGGGAAGAGAUGGGCUAAAGGGUGGGUACCACAUUUCAGGUCCCUUGGGAGGCUGGGAUGGAGGUGGCUGGCGUCAAAGGGUCAAGGGUAGGGUAGGGACGUGCCUCAGGCGGUUUAAAGCUCUGGUCUGGCGUGUUCGAGACCCUAGGUUCGAUUCCCUGUAGCCGCUCCUCGCCCCCGCCCCCCCAAAAAAAUCAAGGGACUCAUUGUCAGUUUGGUAGGAGAGGACGUAGGUCACAUAGGUAAGAAGGCCCUCGGACAACCCCGUUUGAGAGGGAUGAGACCUUUUUUUAGUUAGAACGUCAUCAGGGUAAGGCUGCUGACACGAUGACCGGCCAGCCAGCCUCGCCCACAUAUGCUCUUCUUGAUCAGAGGGGUCCCAGUUGCCACGGAGGACCAGCAUCCCGAAGACAUCACGGGGCCGCAGGAUUCGCUCAAGGAGAAGAGUCUCUGCAGCCCAGGAGGCAACCUCUGCCACCUAGGGGCCCCACAGUGCACCCACUGCCUCAUCACCUUCGCCGAUUCCAAGUUCCAGGAGCGUCACAUGAAGCGGGAGCACCCGGCGGACUUCGUGGCCAAGAAGCUGCAGGGGGCGCUCUUCAUCUGCUUCAUCUGCGCCCGCUCCUUCCCCUCCUCCAAGGCCCUGAUCGCCCACCAGCGUAGCCAUGGUCCAGCUGCCAGGCCCUCCCUGCCCAGUGCACACACCGCUUCCCAGCCCACCUUCCCUUGUCCUGACUGUGGCAAGAUCUUUGGGCAGGCUGCUUCUCUGAGGCGACACCACCAGGUACAUGAGGCCCACACCCCUCCUGGCCCCUUUGCCUGUACUGAGUGUGGCCAAGACUUUGCCCAGGAAGCUGGCCUGCAUGAACACUACAUCCAGCAUGCGCGGGGGGAGCUCUGAGUGCACCCCAAGCCCUCUCUACAGAGGGACACAGACCUGGGGAUCCUAGGAGGGAGUCUUUCCAUCCCCAGAUGGCAAAAGCUCUUGACAGGGUUUUUACUCAGAGUUUCGGUCUUUGGUGGACACAGGGCCUUUAGGGAAGCAGAGAAAUCAGAUCUUUUGAAGAAAAUAAGGAAAAAUGACUUCUAUCUCCCUCAUUUCCAGCUAACUAACUAGCUGCAGAUUAUAGAAGCACCUUUAACUUUUCCCAGAUGGAUGCCAUGGACUGCAGGGCCCAGUUGCCCUGGCUCUGGCCUGUGUGGGUAGCAGUGGUGGAGGCAGGGAGGUGAGACCAUGUUGGUCUGUAGUGCCAAGCAGAGUCUUAGACCUGGCGCAACUUCAGGCUGUUGGGGAUGGAGCAUCAGAGACCAGAGUUGGACUCAAGAAGGGGUUUAGGUUCGUCUGUCCCCUAUUUCUGCUAGCAUUCCCCACUCCAAGAGGGGGGCCAUACCACUGGAUGGCACUAGUCCCCCAGAUAAUUUAUGUUCUAUUUAAGUAAUUCUGUGUACAUUCUAGUUGUACUAGAAUACGUCUUAUAUGCAAAGAAGAGAUGGCAUGAAUAAGCUAACAGUAGCUAAAAACAAAGCAUCUCUAUUAAAAUGUCUAAAUUGGGAGCUCUGGCUUUUGAGUGGGAAUUGCCAGAACACAUAAGGAUGGGGGAGAGGGGGCUCAGGCAGUACUGGCCUAGUCCUUCAGGAAAACUAGUUUGGAAUCAAACAGAAAUACCUUCUGUCUCAUGAUUUACUUGGCCAACUCCAGAAGAAUUACGGUUGAGGUCCUAUUUUCAGCUUUCUUAAGGCCCAAUGCAAGGGUUUUACAUGGUCAGCACAGGCAAGGCAGAAGCUACAAGCUGGCGUUGAGCAGUGGCAGCCUGAGGGAUUGCAGAGCAACAAGAUAGUGGGUGCCCGGGCCUCUGGCCAGCUUCACAGAGCACUUGCUAGCUACUAUAUGAGAGAAACCUCUAUCUCAAGCCACCAUUACUAUGGAUCUUUGUAACAUGUAGCAUAACUUGCAACUUAAGGCAGAGGUCUAUACUACAGCCAAAUCCAGCCUACUGCUUGGUUUUAAAAAUAAAGUUUAAUUGGAACACACUUAGACUCGUUCAUUUAUU